GUCCCUUUUCCCGCUUAGCUUCGAGCUGAGGCAAACGCCACAACAGGAGCUAUGGCCAAUAAGAGCUUUCUUGCUCGUCUCCUGUUUUGCUGUCACAAUUGGGGACAGCUUGAGAAUGGAGCCAUCUUGAUAUCGACCACGUGCCCACCCAUUUCUUCUUCUUAGUUUGCAUAAACGUGUGGAGAUGGCAUCGUCGAGGUGGAUGGCAAUAUACUGGCAAUCUGGGGAAACCGGGCUUUUGCAACGUGUGUGCCACAUGCUAGACCUCCAAAUGCUCCCUUGCGCCCUAGAUUCGAGCUGAACGACAACAAGGGUCCCCAAAGCUGAAAUCGCCCAUUUCUAGGUGGAGUCUGUCGAUGCUUCAAAGACCAAACCUUUAAGUGGAGAGACCGAUUGGCGAUCGUCCCCUCCCGAAGAAGCCGAGGCUAGGCAGGGAUCAGGCCAAGCCAUAUUUUCUGCGAAUAGCUAGUUUGCGGGGAGUAGAAACUGAAAAAAACACCGCCUAUGCUACAACAAGUCUAGCAGAGAAACUGGGCUUGAAGAGAAAGCGGGGAUGAAUCAGACACGGUGAAACCAAGCAAGCAGCAGUCAAGCCCAUAAUCUGUAGACAGGCCCGGAGCUGACAGACCGAAACUGGAAGAAGAAAAAAAAAAGGAAAAAAAAAAAAAAAAACGGGACAAUAAAACAUUCAAGACGCCCUGCUGCCCCGGCAUCUUAGCUCGCCAUGUAAGCAACGUUGAAAAUUCUCAGACACAGAAUCAUGGAGAGCCCGGAGGACCACCAGAGAAACCGGCAGCGCGGCAAGGACAGAACUCGAGUGGCAUGCCGCCGGUGCAACUCGAAAAAGGUCAAGUGUGAUGCGGCUCCUGGAGUUGCUUGUUCUGGAUGCCGGAUUGCACGGGCGGACUGCGUCCUGAUUGACUCGAAGCGCGGACGGUACAUUCGCCGAAAGAGAUCGUCGGCUGAGCGAACAUCCCAGCAACAGCAACAGCAACCGCAACAGCAACAGCCUCAACUCGCGCAACUCGCGCAACUCCCGCCUCAACGCCCAUCGCAGCAAAAGACGCCGGCUUCUUCGUCCGACGAGUCUCCCACGCCGGCGCUCUCCGCAGUCACAUCUCAGAAACUCAAGCCAGAGUGCCAGUCUCAUCGCCCAUCUCAGUCCGUAUCUCAGCUACCGUCUCAGUCUCAGCUGCAACCACCUCAGCAGGCUGUGGAACCCGUCGACGGCCAGCUGUUUCGCGGCCUAUCGCGAUCCUUUGAGCGGCGCGCACCCACCGACUCCAGCGCGCUCUUCUAUCUGCACAUUGCCGACCAGAGCGUGCGGCCAACGCAGCAGCCCAUCAGCGAUGCCAUCAGCACCUUUUACGCGGGCGACUCGUUCAGCCUGACGUACGCCAUCCACGACGUGCUGGCGCCGUUUCUGAGUGACCGGCGCAACUAUCAGAAGCGGCUUCACUUUCCGAUUGCAGAGGGCUUUGACCCGUCGGACCAGGGCCGUGAGAACAUUGUCAAUGCCCAGAUUGCGCUGUUGCGGGAGCGCAAUCUGUACUACCGGCUGAGUGAGGCUGCGCUGGAGCGGAUGCUGGACGUCUACUUUCGCUGGUUCCAUCCCGCGUUUCCACUCGUCAACCAGACCAACUUUAUCGAGAAAUGCCACCGCAACCAGAUGUCGCUGCUGGUGCUCAACGGCAUGCUGCUGGUGGCGGCCAUCAUGUGCGAUCCGGCCGACAUCGCCAUGACGGGAUGCGAAAGCAGGGAGCACGCUCGCUCAGUCUUUUAUCGCCAGGCAAAGGCGCUGUACGACGCAGAGCUGGAUCCCGACAAGGUCAACAACGUCACGGCCGUCUUCUUCAUCAGCUUCUGGUGGGGGGGAUCCAACGACGAGAAGGAUUCGUGGCACUGGCUGGGCGUGGCCGUGAGCCUGGCCCAGAGCCUGGGGAUGCACCGAUCAACCGCAAAAUCGCACAUGAGUGACGAGAAAUCAAGGCACUGGCGACGCAUCUGGUGGUGCAUCCGCAUCCGAGACACCAUCGCCAGUGGCUCAACAGGCCGGCCGCUGCACAUUUCGCACAGAGACUGCGACGUCGAGCUGCUGGAGCCCAGCGACAUGGACGACGACAAUCAUUUGGGCCCUGAAGAGGCGCUGUAUGCGUGUCAAAUGGCCCGUCUGUCAAUCAUCUUUGGCAGGAUUGUCAAGAUGAGAUACGCCGCAAUCCAAUCGACGACGCCUGGCCAAAAGGAGCAGAUGGAAACCGAGCUGGAAAACUUUCGGAUCCAGGUGCCGGCCGCGUUGCAGUACAGAGGCAUCAACCCCGAAACCGGCCAGGGGCUGUGGUCUGCAAUGAUCCUCAUGGCUUACAACUACAGCGUGAUUCUUCUUUACCGACCUACAAGCACCGGCAACGACCCCGUGUCCAACUUCUGGGGAGACCGCCCCAAGGCCGUGGCAGCUGCCAACGAGAUUACGAGAGUCAUGGAGGAUGUCCUGUCGACGUCCUUUGUGCGACUCAGCCAAAUCCACACCAUUCCCGCUCUCUUCAACUCUCUAUCAAUGCACGUCUUCUCACUCUGCACAUCCGGCAGCGUCGGGCGAGAACUCGCCGAGAACCGCGCCCGCACAUGCAUGCUCGGCCUCAACUGCCUCCAGGAAUCAUGGCCCGUCAGCGGCUGGAUCCUCAAGCUCUUUGUCGACAUCAUCGAGCGCCUCCGCAGAAUGCUCACCAACAGGAGCAAAUCUGCAGAGCUCAGCAGAGUCACGGCCAGUCCCGCGCCAGGCUACCCCCAGCAGCAAUCACGACAAGAAACGCCUCGCUCUCAGAACCCGCCGCUGGGGACGAUUCCAGGCAUUGGCGAGCCGCUGGACAUGACGGCCAACCCGAUGGAUCCGCUGAUGAAGCCGCCGCUAGACAUGCCGACGGGCAUCCCCGUGUAUCCAAACGAGUUUGCGCCAUAUAGCACGACGAAUGCGGGCCUGUUUCCGAAUCUGUUUGUGCUGGAUGACUUGUUUGCCAAUCUGGACGCGGGGCAGGUGAGCUUUUUUGACUCUUUGGAGGUGCCCAACUAUGACAACGUCGAGAGCAUGCCUUAUCAGUGAGGUUGACUUGCCAUACUUAUGACUGCCAUGACUCUUAAUGCGGAUACCAACUUGUAUAUACAUCUUUCUGUAGUUACCAAUAGAAAUAAGCGUCUCUUUCUUCAUUCCAUGGAUGUAUCCUAUACGCCACACGUCUAUACAUGUAUACAGACAACUAAAAUAUGGCAAUCACAUUCGGCGGAGACCCAACCGCCCCAACAACAUGCAACGGCGCACUCGUCAAGAAAAACGACCACCGCUUCUCCUCGGCGCAAACAUCGCUCAGCCGCUCCAGAUCCCACAUCUCGCCAAUCGGCGUCCCCCACUGGCACAGCAGCCACUCGUGCAGGCAGCAGUCCUUGGGAUACGGCCAGGCCUCCCAGCCCAUGGUGUCGCCGGCCACGGCCGCAAAGUGCUUGGAGUAGAGCCAGCGGACCGUGUCCAUGUUGCUCUCGACGCCGAUGAGGGUGAGGAUCCGUGUUUCGGGGCUGGUGCCCUUGAUCCGGGUGGCUUCGU